AUGGCAGAUGAUGAUGCAAUAAUACGUCGACGUUUACUUACUCGUACUAGUACCGUUGGCAAGACAGGGAUUAAGAAAUGUGCAGAGACAAUGUUAACACUUGUGGACUUAUUAAUGGACAAAUCAGUGGACGAUGUUACGUGUAAACAGGAAAUGGAAGCAUUGUAUUGGGAAAUGGAACAUUUAGAAUUUGAAGCCAAGAAGACGGAGAUUUGGAACUAUACGUGUGAUCGAGAAUUGGAAGAGUACGAGACGUUAAAUCGUGAGAUUGAUGCGUCAAUUACUAAAGUGAUGAAGGAGAUUGAAGAAUUAAAGCAAAAAAUGAUCAAAGAAAAGAUGAUACGUGCGUACAAGGAAGAAUACGAAUCCAUUGCUCGGGUUGUUAAUGAACUACCGUCCAGGAAAGAAAUUCUUGUGGACAUUCAAGAUGAAAACAAACGACUGGAAGACGCUACGACAGCCCUUGAGGCAGUAGAUGGGAAACUGGAUAUGCGUAUAAAGCAGUUUGCACUGUUGAUGAGCACCAUUCAGAAUUUAAAAGCUACACUGGAUGAAGAUACUGUGGUACACGAGGAUGAACGGCAAGAGGAUGAGGACAUGGAGGAGGAGGUGGAGGCCAAGAAUGCUGUUUCCGUCAAUGAAAAUGGUCGAUCACCGUCAGCUUCAUGA